AUGUUAGAAUCAAUUCCGAUGCCAGGCAGCGCCCCACCUCCUCCACCAUCGGCUGAAGGCAACGCUGCUUGGGAGAAAGCACAACAAGCUUUGAAAAAGAUUGCAACACAAACUCCUACAAAAACUACGAACAAUCAGCCUCCUCCACCUCCUUCUUCGCAGGCUCUCAAUGCUCAUGCUCUCAUGAUGCAGUACUACCCGUGGAUGGCUCAUCAAUAUGGUACGCAGUAUCCUCCAGCUCAGAACUAUGCCACGGGGUAUCAGCAACAACCACAACAAAACUAUACACAAUCGUCAUCGAACAAUCAACAAUGGAAAAAACAGCAACAAACGUGGAACAAUGCAAAACAGUGGAAUAAUCGACAACAGGCGCAACCCCAGAAGCAGCCGCAGCCUGUCAUUCCGAAGAAGUUCACACCAUUCACUUUAACUGCUCGUGCUCCUGUACCAACGGCUCCGAAAACGCUGGCACAGGCACCGUCCGUUGUGAGCGCACAAUCACCGGGCGGACUUGGUGUGAUGCCAGAUAAUGUAAGGCGCUACGUGGAACGAGCGUAUCUGGCGACGCAAUGUGCCGAGGACCGCCAAAAGGUGCAGGAGUAUUUGGAAAAGCGGCUGCGACCGCUGUUGCAGGCAGGAACGACACGUGCCAUCGACUGGGAUCGCGAGCCUUUGCCACACGAACGUGGUUACGAACUUCCAGCCUCAUGGACCCCUGUAGCCACUUUGCGUGCAUCGAUGCAGGCCAAUGGCGCCAGCAAGACCACGGCGCAGCAAUCUAAACGUGAACGUAAGCGGACGGCGUCGUCUGACGCCAGCGCCGACUCUAAACGCGAUCGGCGUACAAGUAGCAGUUCAAGCGAUCUGGAAGUUCUGAAAGUCAAGUCGAUUGUUUCGAAGAAGAAGACUCCAAAAGAACGUAAACGUGAAGCUCAUGCGGCCAAGAAGGAAAAGCGCAAACAACAAAAUGCUGAGAAACACAAGAAAGAGUCGGCCACUCGUUGGCAUGUCGAAGAGGACUCAAGCAGGAUUGAAGAGAGAGCGCGAAGGUUUGCAGAAGAUGCACGCAAUGCGGCGGCUUCUACAAUGGCUGCGGCUCGCCCAGUGCGGAUGAAGCUUGUGAGAGGCACUUGUCAAAACAUUGAGAAGAGCUUUUUCAGGCUUACAGCAGCACCAGAUCCAAGCCAGGUACGUCCACCGGAAGUCCUUGAAAAGUCUUUGGAGAAUGUCAAGGAGAAGUACCGCUCCAAGGCGCCGUAUCGCUAUUUGUCAGAUCAGCUUCGAUCUAUAAGGCAAGAUCUCACUGUACAACGGAUUAGAAACAAGUUCACGGUACAAGUUUAUGAAAUCAAUGCUCGAAUAGCACUUGAGAAUAAAGAUCGGGAAGAAUUCAACAAGUGUCAGAGCCAAUUGAAAUUGUUGUACCAUGAAGUGGUGGACUGCCCAAAUGAAGCGGAGUUUAUAGCAUAUCGUCUCCUUUAUUAUAUAGCGAUGUCGAACACGCUUGAUAUUUCAUCGCUUUUGAAAGGUUUAGUAGAGUCGCUUCGAGCAGAUCAGUGUGUUUCGUUUGCUAUGCAAGUUCGUCGGGCCGUAUCAUUGGGAAAGUAUCCAACUCUUUUCAGGUUAUACAAUGUGAGUUGCUCCAUUUUUUUCGUAUAUCUUUUCCACUUGCCAAGAGAG